UACAAAUUGAGAAUUUGCUGAGCGCGGACGACGAAAAAAUCUGACACGGCGGACACAAAACGCAAACGAAAGCAGUGUUAUUAAGUGAAUUGAAGUGGAAGUGCAGGAAGAAGCAGAACUGAGGCGCAAGAAAAAGAAGCAGCGCAAAUAGAAUUCAAUUGAACAUUUAAAUUGGAUGUUGAAUUGUGAAAGGCGAAUUGAAAUUAAAAUUAAAAUUGGGUGUAAUUGGUGUAAAAAGGCGCACCACCUUCUGUCCGACCGACAGUUGAAUGGUUACUGCACGUAGCAAAUAUAGCGAUGUAAGGCGACAGAAGCGCGCGCCCAUUCUUCAGAUCAGCAAUUGCAACGCCUGCGCAAUAAUGAACAAAAUAGUAGUGCCAUAACAAAAAAAUAACCGCAAAAGCCAACAACAACUACAAGUGUUUCCAUUAACAAUUUCGCUUGUCAAAAGCGGUGAAUUAAAAUUAACAAAACAAUAAAAUAAAAGAUAUAAAUUCUCAAUACGCACAAAUCGGUUGAGGAAAUAAUUCCAACGCGAGUGAGUUAUAGAAAAUGAGCAAUCAAAUUAACGGGCGCCCGUCGGCGACGAGCGUCGCUGUUAUGGCGCUGAUCUGUGCAGCAGCGAUUGGCGGCGUGACUGCCGAUGGUGUCGACAUCGGCACUGCCGCACAAUUGGAUCCAGCAUUGAAGAAUGUCAAAUAUAUCGAGAACAAAGUUAUACCAGAUGUCAAGUCAUUAGCCAAUGAGCGUCCAAGGGCCGAGGGCGUCGACGCGGAAAAAUGGCAGCAGGUACAGCGUUUCAUGGAGGACGGCAUGCCCGUAUUGGAGCUCUAUGGUUACAAACCGAAAAGAGACACUCAGUUCACCAUGAUUAUACCCAAAAUCGAUGUACGUACCAUCGAAAAGCCACGACUUAAAGAAUUCAUGCUGGAGCAUUUAGUGCCUGGAAAAGUCUAUGAUAACUUUGCCGAUGAAGAUGUCUACGGCAAUGGCAACGGUCAUAAAAUCCACUUAUAUAAAGUGGAAAAGUCACAAAAUAGUUUGUGGUUACUAAAUGGUUAUCUCGUUUUGUACAAAAUUCGCUUGAAUGACAACUUAAUGGCUGUUGCAAUCGAUGGCUACCUUGGUGACCGGAAAUCACCCUAUUCCAAACGCAACAUACAAGAAUCGAAUAGUCGUUACAAUGAACCGCAACGUUUGGAGAUGCGCAACACCACCACAACGCACGCCAAAAUCGAGCCCAUACUAAAGGAGUCCAAGUCCAGCCCACUGAUGUCCUUCCUCAACAGCAUGAAAAGUGGCACCAAAGUUUUUCAGCAUUUCCUGUCCAAAAGCAAUCUCACACAGAUAAUGGACGACGGUUCCUACACGAUACUCAUACCGUCCGACAAUGCUUUUCAACGUUGGCAUCCCAUCGACUGGGGCUUCUACCCGUUCAGUGUGCAUGAGUUCACCGAGAGUGUGUUGCGUAACCACUUCCUGCCCACACAACAUCCGUUGCGCAUGGCCGAAGUGAAGAGCACCGACCAGAUGGUGGUGCGAACUAUGGGCGGCGAGAAUGUGGUCUUCCGCGGACAUCCUAGUCCAACUGUGAACAAUGUAUCUAUUAUGUCGGACUAUGCACUGGUAAAUGGCAAUCAAGUGUUCCUAAUCUCCGAGGUUUUGUUUGUGUCAGAAGCUGUGGUCUCCAAAUUACAUCAGAUGCACAAGGACAAAGAGACACCACCACUCCUGGCCUUCCCAUGGUUUGGCGCACAGUUUUUAUCGCACUCAUUUUUGGCAUUGGAGCGCGACCCUAGAUUUACUCAAAUCACAAGAUACUUGAACAACGCCGAAAUAGCGCCACAUGUUUCUGGCGCCAAUUACACCUUCUUCGUGCCCGAGGACAAAGCUUUUGAACGACUUGGUUUUGACAGACUAUCUGACGAUGUAAUGGCCUCUCCGCGUGGCAUCAAGAUGUUACUCAACCACUUUGUACGCGGACGUCUGUACGAUCGUGAUCUACGUGAUAACGAGGUGUUCGAAACUAUUGGUGGUGGCCACAUCAAGAUCACCCGCAAUCCAGGAAGCAAUGCAACUAGCGUCAAUAACGCCAAGAUUACCGAAAGCGAAGUAUUCGUCUAUAAUUUAGGCACAAUGUUCUAUAUCGACGACAUACUUUACGCACAUUUGCUACGUGAAUACGUCUCGAAGCCGACGAAAACGAGAUCUGACCCCAACGGCAGUGGUGGCGGUGGUGGACGUAAGUCUACAAUGUUAAAAGCAAAGGGUUUUUAUGAGAUUAUACUUCUUUCUAUUUUCUUUUUUCCGGCAGAACGAAAUGGCGACUACAUUAUUGGUGAUCAGGAUGAUGAGUUCGAUGACGAGAUUAUAACGCCGAAGGCACUACCCGUCCAGAUUUUUGAACUUCCACAAUAGAUGCUAAUUUGAAUGAAAUUCAAAUUAUUUACAUUGGUUAAAACAUAUAUAAAAUAAGGAGUAUCCCAAUAAUACGUAGUAUUUGAGGUUAUAUUUUCGGGAAUCAAAUAUGCGUACAUACAUAUUACUUGUGCAAAUGUGGCGCCAAGUAGGAGGAGGAGGAGGAGGAGCAGGCCCCAUCAACGCAACUGUGUAUAGAUUGAUUUGUAUUUUGUUAAUUUUAUGUUAUCGCUCGAACCUUUUUUAAUAUAAGUUUGUAAAUUUUCAAUCGAAAUCUUGUGAAGUGAAGUGCGUAUUUAAUUAAAACAUACUGGAUGGAGAGAGAUGCUAAAGCAAAUUAACGAAGAGUGAAAUUUAAAAGUAUACCACAACAAACUAUAUUAAAACAGAUAAUUCACGGUCCAUAGAUACAUACAUAUUUAUAUGAGGAAAACUAUUAGCAAUUCGAUAGCAUGAACUGGAAAUUUUUGAACUCAUAAGCAAGCUAAUCGUGUAAAUCUAAUAAGAAAUAAUCAAUUAAAAUCAAGUAAAAAUUAGGAAAUCUGCUAAAAAUUCAUUCAGUAGUGUGGAAACUUUCCUUGUGCUUCGCAUUAGUGAUUCAAUGGAUUUCUCUAAUAGAAGGCCCUAGCAUACACAAACACAUGUUAUAUAACUAUACGAGUAGUAGUAGUACUUGAGAGGGCAUGAAGACGAAAGGCUAGAUAACAUUCUGCUAAAAACUUUAGGCAACAACAUUAACAUAUCGUCAUAUACAUAAAAUUGAUGCAAAAUUAGAACAAAAAUUGUGAAAGUAAAAAUGGCAAAUAAACAAAAAUAUUCCAAAACUCAAUUACGUAAUAUCUCGAACCAAAAAUGUGCUGGCAAUGUCAAGCGGCAAACUGAAAAUGUGCGACCGAGAGUAUCUCUAAUUGUGACAUGAAUUUAUAACUGUAGCAAUAUUAAGUAAACAAUUUUAUAUUAACACGAAAUUCGAUAGUUUGUUAACAAUAAAACAAAACAUAAUAUAAAUAAUGAAACAAUAAAGAAGAUAAAACCAA